UGUGUGUGUGUGUGUGUGUGUGUGUGUGUGAGUGAGAGAGAGAGUGAGCGCGCGCGCGCGCGGAGACUCCGGGAGCGCACAGAUCAGAGCUCAGACUCAUCCAGCCCCGCUCUCUGCUUUUCUUUACACGUUGGAGCAAGUGUCCGCGGCUUUUGUGGGGCUUCUCGGUGCGGGGAGGAUGCACGCAAGCGCGCGCGUUAACGGAAUAACACGAUCACCGUAACCGUCUCCAGAUUUGAUUGGAUUUGAAGCGAUGACGGAUUCUUUUUGCGCGCAGUUUAUAUUGUCGGAGGAAAUCUAAAAUAAAACGCGCGCCUCUCUCUCUCUCUCUCUCUCUCUCUCUCUCUCUCUCUCUGUGUGUGUGUGUGUGUGUGUGUGUGUGUGUGUGGUAAAGUGGAUCAUGCGCUUCACUCCGACGUCUGUGUGUUUCUGCGCGUUUUCUAACAGAUCGGAGCGAUCAGUGAACAUGAAAAGAGCAGACGGUGUGGAUUAGACCUUUUUAUAUUCCCCGAGGGUUUUUUUAUUUUUUAUUUUUGGACGUCCUCCUUCUCCUUUCUCUCUCCAUGUGGGAUAUAACGGAGCUUCUCCUCGGUCUGGAAUGAAAUGAUGGCGACGCGUCGGGGUGAUGACGGGGUGCGCGCAGCCGCAUCGCCAGCGUCUGAGUGUAAGAAGGAUGGCCAUGAUCCGAGUGAGCUGUCCCCCGUGUCCCCCAUGUCCCCCAUGUCCCCCGCACCCAUGGACCAGCUCUUCUCCUGGCCUGGACCUAAAACCCUGCACCUGCACCGAACCUCACAGGGCUUCGGCUUCACGCUGCGCCACUUCAUCGUCUACCCACCCGAGUCCGCCGUACACUCCACGUUUAAGGAUGAAGACAAUGGAAGUCGAGGGAGACCGCGGUGUCGUCUUGAGCCAAUGGACACUAUCUUUGUGAAGCAGGUGAAGGAGGGAGGCUCCGCCCACCAAGCUGGACUCUGCACAGGUGAUCGUAUAGUGAAGGUGAACGGUGAGAGCAUCAUCGGCAAAACAUAUUCACAAGUCAUCGCUCUCAUACAGGACAGUGACGUGUCUCUGGAGCUCUGUGUGAUGCCUAAAGAUGAAGACAUUUUGCAGUUGGCCUAUUCCAAAGAUGCAUAUCUGAAAGGGAACGAAGCGUAUAGUGGAAAUGCGCAGAACAUCCCAGAACCUCCAUCUAUCUGCUACACGCGGAUAGAGCCUAAAACGUCAGGGAUGACGCACACCGAUGAGCCUUCUGCUCCCUCAGGAGCUCAUGGAGUGUUAUCCCCGGGGGCAGAGCCAAGCUCUGAUGUGGGCCAUUGUGUGGAAGUCCAUAUGACACAAUUGUCUCCGUCUCCUCCUGGCUCGCAGGUCUCCAGACUCCAGACUGCUGCUUGUGUGUAUGAUGAAAGCGUGCGUGUGGCAGGAGUGGAGGUUUCCAAUUCCCUGGAAUGUUCUCCUCGCCCUUACGGCUCAAACACUAACCACAGGUUGCAGGAGACAAAAAACACACCGCUUUGUACCUCGUCCCUUGAAAACCUCUCCUCGGUCCGUCCGAGAUCCCAAACCACACCUUGUUCUUCUUUCGCUAGAGGGACAAAGUUGCACUACACACCACAAGGACCGUCAGAAUCACCGGGAUUCUCCACACACAUUCCUAUACACACUCCUUUUCACCCUGACUCCACAUCUACUCCAUCCAGUAGACAUGCCAUGAGCCCAUUCACGCCCUCUCCUCCAGCUAUUGCGUCAUCUCCCUGCUCCCCAAUGCAUCAGAACAUCGACUGGAGGAAUUACACCACCUACAAGGAGUACAUUGACAACAAGCGCCUCUAUACCUAUGGCAGCAGGACCAUCCAGGAAAGACUGGACAGCCUGCGGGCAGCAAGCCAAGCUAAUAAAGCAAACGCAAGUACAGAGGGCAUGAAUUUAUCCCAGCCAAGGCAGAGGAGCACCUGUCACGAGAGAGGUCCUGCAAAUUCUGGGGUCCAGUCUCUUUGCAGUGUGUCUCAGGAAAGACUGGAAGUAAAGGAACGAGCAACGUCAAGGGAUUGGCAUCGAAGCGCUUCACAAGAUGCGCUCCCUUCAUCCACAAAGAGCACAUACAAACCACGGGCAAGAUCUUGCGACUACCUGGGCAGACAGGCUGAGAGCAGGGUCUCACUGAUGGACAGAAGGGUUUAUGGAAGGACAGAGACGGAGGAGAAGGCACGGAUUUGCACUGAAGAGGAGACCAGAGGCUGCAGGCAGUCACUCUCCUUAGGCAAAGUGGCACAGACUCAAAGGACCUAUGGCAGUUUCCCAGGACUAAAUGCUAAAAUUAAAGGUACAGAUCCAAUUCUGAGCUCCAGAGUGCAGAGUCUGGAUAAUACUGCUGCUUCGAAGGCACAGCUCCGCUUUCAGACAUCUGUUUUGGAUGACUCCUACGUAGCCAAGGCUCUCGCUUCCUUAAACAUGGGUCUCACCACAGCCUCAGCGACCACGAAAAACCAAAGAACUGGCCUUGUGCCCAAUCACACGUCUCCCGGACGGCAAACCAAGAGCCAUCAGGAGCCCGUUGGUUCCGUUCCUUGCCCUGACUACUCCAAAGAUAGUAGCAGGACACAGCAGGAUGGGUCUUCAGUAGCCACUAAUGGCUUAGUUGCGGGAGGUCUCGAAGGCGCAGAGGCCACAGUCGUGGUGGUGAAGAGGGAGAAAACAAAAAAGUCAGGUCCUUUACCUCUCAGACACCCGUCCUAUAUCCAGGCUGUGAACGAUGGAGCAGGUAGAGUGGAGAAACUCGCGAAAACGCAAAAGUGCUGGAGGUCCAACGAUGCUGUUCAAGAUGGGUACAGACAGCGGCUUGGAGAGGAAUACAAACCCUUAGGAUCUGGCCGACUGCACGAGUCUCUCGACUCCAUCCCCUUCAUUGACGAGCCGUCCAGCCCCAGUGCUGACCUUGAUGACACACAGUUCCGUGUUUGCACCGUCGUCUCCGCUGUUCCGCCAAGCCCCGCCUCCUCUUCCGCCAUCCUUCACCGCCAGUUCUCUCACGAUCAAGACUCGUUGCGGUUCACAGUUCUGGAUUCAGAAUCCGGCACUAAAACCGAGCGCUCCAAGUCCUACGACGAGGGACUGGACAACUACAGGGAAGAAGGACGAGGGAAACUGAUAAAGCACAUCGGUCUGAGUGGACUUAGGAAGGCUGUGGAUCGGUCCUCAGAAGAUUCUGGCUCCAGGAGAAACUCUUUGUCGGAUGUCUUUGUUAACGCUACUAAGGAGGGAGUCCUGCACUUCCGCCAGUUCAGCUCGGACAAGGGCAAGCGUGUAGGCGGCGGCAUGCGGACGUGGAAGCAGAUGUACGCCGUGCUCCGUGGCCACUCCCUCUAUCUGUACAAGGACAAGAAGGAGGGGCAGACACCAAACUCGCACACAGAGGAGGAACCUGUGUCCAUCAGCAUUAAGUCCUGCCUGAUCGACAUCUCCUACAGCGACACGAAGAGGAAGAACGCCCUGAGACUGACCACGUCGGACUGUGAGUACCUGUUCCAGGCCGAGGACAGAGAGGACAUGCUGGCCUGGAUACGAGCAAUUCAGGAGAACAGCAACCUGGACGAGGAGAACGCACUGAUUACAAGCACAGACCUCAUCAAUCGCAAGAUCAAGGAGUACAACACUCUGAUGAGUCCACCCAGCAAUAAGACCGAGUCGUCCCCAAGGUCCUCUCGUCAGUCUCUGAGUAUCAGACACACUCUGCUGGGGGGGAAUAAAACCCCGAGCCCUCACUCACCCCACAAGGAGCAGGAGAGGAGAAUCACACACAGAGAUGAAGCGAGCCCACCGAAGGAUAAGGGACUGCGGAGGAAAGGGAUCCCGGGACUGAUGAGGAAGCCGUUUGAGAAGAAAGUCACUCCUGGAGUGACGUUCGGCGCGAGACUGGACGACUGUCCUCCUGCUCAUACCAACAGAUUUGUACCCCUGAUCGUAGAGGUGUGCUGUAAGCUCGUAGAGGAGAGGGGUCUGGAGUACACGGGGAUUUACCGAGUGCCGGGGAACAAUGCUGCCAUCUCCAGCAUGCAGGAGGAACUGAACAGAGGCGUGGGAGAGAUCGACGUUCAGGAGGACAAAUGGAAGGACCUCAAUGUGAUCAGCAGUUUAUUAAAAUCGUUCUUCCGGAAGCUUCCUGAUCCUCUCUUCACCAACGAGAAAUAUGGAGACUUCAUUGAUGCGAACAGAACAGAGGAUCCAGUGGAGAGGCUAAAAGUACUGAAGAGGCUGCUUCACGAGUUGCCGGAUCAUCACUACGAGACGCUGAAGUUCCUCUCAGCUCACCUGAAAACUGUGGCUGAAAACUCUGAGAAGAACAAGAUGGAGCCACGGAACCUGGCCAUCGUGUUCGGUCCCACGCUGGUGCGGACGUCUGAAGACAACAUGACACACAUGGUCACACACAUGCCUGAUCAGUACAAGAUUGUGGAGACACUCAUUCAACAUUACGACUGGUUCUUCACUGACGAGGGAGAAGAGGAACCGGAGACGGUGGUCCAGACAGAGGGUGCAGUGGAGACGCAGCCCAUUCCCAACAUUGACCACUUGCUCACCAACAUCGGCCGCACCGGCGUCUCUCCGGGAGAAGUGUCAGAUUCACCCACUAGUGAUUCGGCCAAAUCGAAGGGUUCAUGGGGGUCGGGGAAGGACCAGUACAGCCGCGAACUGGUCUCCUCCAUCUUUGCUGCAGCUAACCGCAAACGCAAGAAGCCCAAAGAGAAGCUGCAUGCUAGCAGCUCCGAUGAUGACCUGGAUGCUGUUUUUAUCGAGAGUGAGCUGCAGAACCCGAAACAGAUAGAGCCGGAUUUAUCAGGAGACUCACAUGAUGGGAAUGAACCUGAAAAAACACCCAAGGGGCGCAAAGAGCACAGGAACUCCUUCUUCUUGAAGAAACCGUCUCCCUCUAAGAUCUCUGAAUCCCAAAAAUACUCUACACUGCCCAGUCUCCGCCUCCGAAAUCCAGCCCCUUCCAAAAGCUCCACAUCCGAAUCACCUUCUCAGGUGGAAGACCUUGGCGCCACGAACCCAGGAACAUGCAGAUCCAGGAAUCGGUUGAGAAUUUGGGACAUAGUAGUGCCGUCUGCCACAGAUCUACCUCCAACCGGUUCUGUCGGAGGAUCAGCCACGGCAGAAGUGAGCUCUAUCACUUCGGAUUACUCGACCACCUCCUCCAUGACUUUCCUGACGGGGGCGGAGUCGAGCGUGCUCAGUGCGGAUUUGCAGAGCCGGGGCGGAGACGAGGCCGACGACGAGCGCAGCGAGCUGAUCAGCGAGGGACGACACGUGGAGACGGACAGUGAGACGGAGUUUCCUGUUUUUCCCAGAGGCACGACGACUCCUGUUACCCCAUCCGAGAUCGUCCCUAGAAAGUCAGAGUGUACUAACGUUCAAAAACCUUUAAACCGCUACAUCCUGGCUUCGCAAAAGCUGACGGCGUUCAACACGUCCAAGAGGCGGUCCUUGCACCAGAAGACGGACAGCGAAUCGUCGUUAGAAGUCAGAGCCGGGCGAGAGAGCGAGAGGAUGAGCCGGAGCGAACCGAGCCGUCUGUCUCGCGUUCUGGAAGCGGUGAAAAAAGGCCGUUCUGCGGGAAGCAUCAGCUCCGCCUCUUCCUCCUCCCACAGCCAGGCAGAACCAACAAAGCGCCUGAGUAUCACCGAGAGGUUGAAGUCCCAUUUCCGCUCAUCCGCAGACGAUAUGUUUGGCAUCGGAGGGCAGAAAAAUAGCAGAAAGAAAGAGAAAAGAGUCCGUCGGAGACACACUCUGGGUGGGCAGCGGGACUUUGCCGAACUCGCGGUCAUUAACGACUGGCGUGAACAGGGUGGUACCGAGAAGGGGGCGGAGCUUUCAGACGCGGACCGGCUCAAACUUCAAAACUCGAGAGAGAUUUCCAUUCGGGACUGGAUCACCCGCGAGCGUUGGCAUCCUGGGUCUUUGCGGGCUGGUUCACAGGGGUCAAAGGUCGUGACGGGGACUGAUGAAGGUUCGAGUUGUCCUGCUUCUACGCUAAGUCGCCAGUCCAGUCUGGAUCAGUUGAAUGGGGGGGAACCAAAGUGCAAAGGCAAAGCCAGCUUGAACUCGGGCGCCGAUGCUCACCCACAUAAACUUUCCGGGGCUCAAGUUGUGCGCUCGCAGUUCUACCAAUGUUUAUAGAAAAUGUCUGCAUAUGUGUGUGUGUGUGUGUAUGAAACAAAUGAAAGUGAAUGAAUGAAUUAAUGUUCAUAGAGGUACUGCACAAUAUUUUUUAUCCUUUUAAUCCCUUCGCCUCUUUUUAACAAAGUAUAUAUAUAUAAAUAUAAAUAUAUAUAUAUAUAAAUAUAAAUUGUAUAUAUCUAUAUGUGUACAGGCUCAUAAGAGGACUAACUGGAGUUAAAUGUAUCAGAUUUGAAUUGUAAUCUCAAUUUUAUGGAUCAAAGUGGCUAAAUGUUCCCUCUUGUAGUGGAUUCGCCAAGACACGUUUGGGAUCAGACUUUUGCAUCUUUUCGUCAUUUUUUCGCGUCGUUGCUAACGUAGCUAACGAGUAAGAGAAAUCUCUCAUAAAUCCCCACGUAAUAAAGUCAUUAUUUCACAGACUGUGACUCCAAGUGCCUGUACAGAUUUAGCCGUAUUUUACCUUCUAUAAAACGAGCAUAGCUGAAUCGUGUCUGAAUUGAAAUGUUGGUAAAGAGUGCGUUAUAUCCUGUGGAAAAAGAGGUUUUGCACGCUUUUCUUUAGUAUAAAGUCACUCUAGUAAGCGAUAGCCCUUUUCUCCAACUGAAACCAAAAUAAAACUAAUAUAUAGACACGUCUA